CACUUUCGUUUCUCUCGAAGUCCUCACCCCUUGUCUGUGAGCAGACUAAACAAACAAUUUGUGAAACCGAGACUACUGUGUAGCACUCAACAAGUCGAUCAGAUCAGAUCCCCAAAUAACAUUUAGUCGUUUGAGAGUUGUAAAGAUGGAACAAUCAAGCUUCUCUCACGCUGAGGAGAAGAAAGCUCUCCCCUACUUAAAACCUGCAGGCUUUGCUUUUGGUACGGCUGCCAAAACAGCCGUGCAACCAGAGGAGAACAAAUCCAUAUUUAAAGAACUAUCCUUACUGCAAGCGUCGCCAUGGCGAGAGGUGGAGUGGUCCGAGGAUCGGAAGGACACCCUGAUGGAGUAUAUCAGUUUCUACAAGCCCAGCUGUGAGGGCGUGUCCCAGGCCCGGGUUCUGCUACUCGGGCCGGUCGGAGCCGGCAAGUCCAGCUUCAUCAGCUCGGUUCAGUCUGCCUUUAGCGGCCGGGUCACCAACCGUGCUAUGGUGGGCAAUUCCUCAGCCAGCUUCACCAAGAAGCUUCAGUCCUACACCGUCCGCCUGGCGAAGGCAGAACAGGGGGCGGGGUUGACCCUGUGUGACCUCAUGGGCCUGGGCGAGGGCGGGACCACUGGACUGACACUUCACGACACCCUUGCUGUCAUCAAAGGCCAUGCACCAGAGGGACACAAGUUCAGCCCAGAACAACCAGUGAGGUCGGAGACGGUGGGUUAUGUGAAGAAGCCUUUGCUGAAGGACAAGGUGCACUGUGUGGUCUUUGUGGUGGACGCCUCGAAGAUCUCCACCUAUCCUAAAAGCCUGAGCGACACCUUCCAGCAACUCAGGGACCACAUCAGUGACCUCGGUGUACAUCAAGUGGCUUUGCUGACACAUGUGGACAAGAUCUGUCCAGACACGGCUCGAGACAUCACCCAGGUGUACAAGAGCAUGAUCGUUCACCAGACGAUCAACAAGGCUGGGGCUCUACUGGGCAUGUCCACAUCUUACAUCGUCCCGGUGAAGAAUUACUCAUCAGAGCUUGAUCUCAACAAGAACACAGACAUCCUCCUGCUAAGUGCUGUGGACCACAUCCUGCAAUAUGUGGACCUCUACUUCCAGGACAAUGUUGCAACAGAAUCUGUUUCAACAUUGUCCUGGAAGUAGACAAUAAACACCCUUCUUCAUUUUGAAGCUGUUUCUUUGAUAUCGUAAUGACGUUGAUGGUUCUCUGCUCACCAAGAUCACUGAUGUGAUCCCUGAGCUGCUCGAAGAUUAGAACCUAAACCGUCUGUUUGACAAAAACACAGUCUGCAAUUUUGUAUCUCAUUCAUCUCAUUGCAAAAAGUAAAUGAAUAAAGAAUAAAGUACUGCCUA